CCGUUAAGUUCUUCUUCCCUUCGUCUUCUCUCUCGAAGCUUGACGCCCUUCUUUCGCCUUGCCACCUCUCUCUUCGUUGUCAAUUGCCGGUCCUCGAUCCCCCAGAUGGACCGUGGAUCGGCUUCCCAAAACUCCCGCAUGGUGGAGGAGGUCUUCCGCGACAUCAAGAACCGGCGAGCUGGCAUCCUCAAGGCCCUCACCACCGAUUUCGAGGACUUCUAUCAGCAAUGCGAUCCUGCAAAAGAAAAUCUGUGUCUCUAUGGAUAUCCAGAUGAGCAGUGGGAGGUUAGUUUACCUGCAGAAGAAGUUCCUCCAGAGAUUCCAGAGCCUGUUUUGGGCAUUAACUUUGCUAGAGAUGGAAUGGAAAAGAAACCCUGGUUAUCUUUGGUUGCUUUACACAGUGAUGCAUGGUUACUUGCCUUGUCAUCUUAUUUCAGUGGCAGGUUUCAGUUUGAUAAAAAACAUAGGAAGCUUUUAUUAGAUAUGAUAGCUGAUUUGCCUACCAUUUGUGAAGUUGUAAAUGGAAAGAUUCAGGAUAAGACCUCUGGCUCUAAACAGAAAAAAUUGAAGGCUGAAUAUCAGGCCAAAAACUGCAGAGGAAAGAAUGCUAAGGAAGAGAACGAGGAGUUGAAUGAGGAAGAGGAUGAUUAUCUCUGUGCCUCAUGUGGAGAGAGUUCUGUCCUGGAUAACUUCUGGAUUUUCUGCGAUACUUGUGAGAAAUGGUUCCAUGGAAAGUGCGUCAAGGUCACCCCUGCAAAGGCUGAGUAUAUCAAGAACUACAAGUGUCCUCGCUGCAGCAACAAUAAACGGAUUCGAGUCUCAUGAGAUUUGCUCUUCCAAAACCCUCCUAUCUUUGGAAGUUUAGUGACUUUUGUUGGGAGUUUAGUGACUGCUGAUACAAUUGCUGUUACUUCAGAGGCAACCAAGGCAACACCACAACUGUCUUCUUGAAGUUCUUACUUCCUCACAGGUUAUCUUAGAACUCCUGUUUUAUGUGUAUAAGCAUCAAGAAGUGCAACAUGCAAUAUAGGGGUUACUGAAAUGUUUUAAAUCCAAGCUAGCUUUUUGUUAUACCUGAUCCAUCAUUCGGUCUCACAGUUGAUUCACUAGUUAUUUAUGAAGGAUUAAUUUUGUGCUGCUUUAUUGAAGCAGAAAUUGGCAUAGAUUGUGAGAUUCCACAGGAUGAGUCUAUAAAAGGAGCUCUGUUUUUUAAGAAUUUGAUUUCUUCUUUCUCUUUCUCUAUUUGCUUUACUGAGAGAUUGCAUCGAGUUUCUUAAAUUCGUGCUGAAAGAGGGAUAAAUGUUCCCUAGUGUCUCUUGUAUAUGAAGAAUUAUUGUAUCAUCUUUUGCUCAACUUAUAGCCUUCAGUGAAGCUUUUUGUGCA